UCAUACAGAUGUAGCACUAAAUUCAGUGAGGAUGCCAAGUAGAGGUAUAAGAAUCCUUAAGUUUGUCAAUGCACGAGAUAAUCGAAGUUGUUCCAGCAAAUUGUUUUCUCACAGCAUCAAUAUCAAAAUUCCUACUGAAACAUGGCAAAAUCUUAAACAGCUUCGUGCGUUGGAUUUCAGUCACAGUGCACUUACACAAGUACCUGAUUCAAUCAGAGAACUGAAACUGCUCAGAUAUCUAAGCCUUUUCCAAACACGAAUUAACACUAUCCCAGAAUCUAUUAGUGAUCUCUACAAUCUCAGGGUCUUGGAUGCAAGAACAGACAGCCUAAGAGAGAUUCCACGUGGCAUACAAAAGCUAGUCAACCUCCGGCAUCUCAACUUGGAUCUUUGGUCCCCACUUUGCAUGCCACGUGGGAUUGGUGCACUAAAAGGGCUACAAACAUUGCCAAGGUUUAGCAUUGGAAGUGAAGGCUGGCAUUGCAAUGUUACUGAGCUACACCAUCUGGUGAAUAUCCAUGGAGAGCUAUGUAUUACAGGACUACGAAGGGUUACCAAUGUUAAUGAUGCCCAGACAGCUAAUUUAGUCAGUAAGAAUCACUUGCAAAUCCUGAGAUUAGACUGGUCUGAUGGUGUUUGCCCCAACAAUUGCAGUCAUCCUAGCAGCUCAAAUGAUGUGGCUACCCCGGAGCAAGAGGAAGAGAUCUUUGAGAGCCUACGGCCACACAAGAACAUCGAAGAAUUGGAGGUAAUCAAUUAUAGUGGAUACAGAUACCCUAGCUGGUUCGGGGCUUCUACCUUCAUGGACCUAGCAAAGAUAAUCCUAUGUCAGCACAGCUGCAAGUUCCUUCCUCCACUUGGUGAAUUGCCACGCCUACGCAUACUCUCCAUGGAGUACAUGACAGGUGUGGAGCAUGUGGGCCAGGAGUUCCGUGGAAGCAUCACCACAAGGGCAUUCCCAGCUCUUGAGGAGCUAGAGUUUAAAGAAAUAUUGAAAUGGGUUGAGUGGUCUCAGAUUGGUCAGGAUGACUUUCCUUCACUCCGCUUGCUAAAGAUCAAGGAGAACCAUGAGUUGAGGUACCUCCCACACACACUCUCUUCCUCCCUCACAAAGUUGGUUAUCAAGGAUUGCAGCAAACUUGCUAGUCUACCAGCUAUUCCAAACCUCACUGCUUUGGUCUUGAAGGGGAAGAUAAAUGAACAACUCCUGAAUGAUUUGCACUUUCCGUGCCUUAGAUCAUUGAAAGUGUUGCUCUCACGGAGCAUCGAGCACAUUUUACUUGACAGCCGGAAUCAUCCAUUGCUCGAAGUGUUGGUUAUCAGUGUUUGCCCAUGUCUUCACUCUAUAAUGGGCCUUAGCAACCUUGGCUCUCUGAAAUUCCUGAACAUAAAUAGAUGCCCAUAUCUGCAGCUCCCGUCUGAUAAGCCACUGUCACCACAUCUUCAGCGACUUACCAUCACAAAGUGCCCAUUGCUAGCACACUGGUUGGAAAUCCAAAAUUCACGACUGCAAUGUCAGUUAGAUGGAUCUAAAGAUGCUUGGUACGAAGAGCAACAGGCUUUGUAUGAAUUGAAUGAUGCAAGUGAGGAUGAGCAGAGAGAGGAGUUUGGACUUUUAUCUGAAGAUGAGAAUGGGGAGGAGGAUGAUGAGCAAGACCAUGAGCAGUCAGAAGAUCAGGAAACUCACUAUGGCAAUAAUGACAGUAGUGAAGAUGAGUAGAUUAUUAAAUAGCUUAGUUUGAUAAUAAAAAAUACAAAAAAACUAUAAUUAAUCAUCUAAUUAAGGUCCUUCAGACACAUGAGCUCAAACCAUAGUAGCUAGAUACUUUUGCUGCCUGUCAAAGGUCAUGUGCUGUGAAUUAAACAACUUCCUUUUUACA